AUGUCGUUAACAACAUCAACUGUAACACCUUUGAUCGUACGACCACCACCAAACGAAACUAUUCCUGAUUAUGUUACAAUUAUCAAUCCUGACGGAAGUAUUUCUUAUGAACCAAAUUCUCAUUAUCAACAGCCAACAAUAAUACGUCGAAGCUAUGCUAAAAUCAAUAAAAAAAACUAUCGCUAUGCUCUCCAGCAGGAAGGAAAAUCAUAUCGUUGUUGUCAAUGGUGUCAAUAUUGGUGUACUCGUAAUUGUCCGUUGUGUAAUUUUUGUGAUCGAAUAUUAGCAUUUCCAUUACUUUGUUUGAUACUUUCGGCAUUAUUUUUACUUUUGUUACUUGCUGCUUUGCUGACUUUAUUUGGUUUACAUUCUAACAUCAAUCCAUCACGACGGUAUUAUGGCAUUAUUUCAAUAUUAUCUAUUUCUAAUCGUACAAAAUAUGUAUAUGGUCUUGAUGGACUCUGUAAUAAAUAUUCAGGUAUCAGGAACUGCUUGAAUCUGACAACAUCAACAGCUAUUGUCUAUGUUGCUACAACAAAUAUUAUUAAUCAAACAGUAACAAUACAUAAUUAUUCUUAUGUAUCUUUUAUCCUUCUUUGCUGUUGUUUAAUUAUUUAUUAUAUAAAUCGUAGAAUUCCUAUAUAA